AUGCCACUACAAUCCGGAAAGUACACCAAUGCCUUUGAAGCAGCAAUUGAUGGAUGGGAUCUUGACAUUCUCAAGGCCUUUAUAGACGCAAAAGCAGAUGUUAAUCAGCCACUGAAGAAGCAAGACUACGGCAAUGCAAUCACCAAGGCUGCGAUGUCUGAGUAUGACAUUGAAAAGCUUGAAUUUCUGAUCGAGGCCGGUGCAGAAGUGAACCAGACCCACCCCGAGGCAAAAUACGCGACUCCUCUGAUUGCUGCUGCGUUCUUUGGACUUAGGGAUUCGGCGAAGCGCUUAAUUGAGGCUGGAGCGGACGUGAAUAUCCGGCUGGAAAGAGCGGGCCUUGCUACCGCUCUGCAGGCUGCUCAAACAGCUGUCACGGAGGAAGAGAUCGAGAAGUUCAAGACAUAUUGUUCCACGGAUGAGGGUGUGGCUGAGGAGGUUAAGGCAUUGGAGAAUGGCAGAGCUGAAGUGGCCGAGCUACUUCGUCAGCAUGGUGCGACAUCCUGA